CCGAGGCAAGGGCGGAGGAGACGAGGAGAGGGAUGGCAGAGAACAGCUCCGAUCCGAGCGGCUCCGUUCACCGGAGAUGUUUGGCCCAUUCUCCGGCCGAGAGAAACAUUUCACCCGGUGUCGGGGUAUCGAAGUGGAUUCGACUAAACGUCGGGGGCACGUAUUUUUUAACAACGAGGCAGACGCUGUGUCGAGAUCCAAAAUCAUUUCUGUACAGACUGAGCCAAGCUGACCCCGAGCUCGACUCCGAUAAGGAUGAAACUGGUGCCUAUCUCAUAGACAGAGACCCUACGUACUUUGGGCCAGUGCUUAACUACUUGAGGCAUGGCAAGCUGGUGCUCAACAGGGACUUGGCAGAGGAAGGUGUGUUAGAAGAAGCUGAAUUCUACAACAUCACAUCGUUAAUAAAGCUCAUCAAGGACAAGAUCAGGGAACGUGACUGCAAAACAUCACAGGUUCCGGUGAAACAUGUGUACCGGGUGCUGCAGUGCCAGGAGGAGGAGCUGACACAGAUGGUGUCCACCAUGUCUGACGGCUGGAAGUUUGAACAGCUGGUCAGCAUAGGCUCCUCUUACAACUACGGAAACGAAGACCAAGCCGAGUUCCUGUGUGUAGUCUCCAAGGAGCUGCACAAUCAAUCAUAUGGGACAAACAGUGAGCCCAGUGAGAAGGCUAAGAUUCUUCAGGAACGGGGUUCCCGGAUGUGAAGAGGACUUAGUAUUAUGAGCUCCAGGUGUUAUGAUGCAAACAUAUCAUCUUUGUGGAAGAACGUUUGGCACAAUGGAGAUUUAAAGGGGGGGUUGUGCAUUUAUGUUGUGUUUUCCCUCCAUUUUUGUUUUUAUUUCUUGAUGUAAAUAAGUCUGUUUACUGACAAUUUGUGCCUGUACAUUUAAACUGGACCUUUUUGAAUUAGCGGCAAGUUUUGUUUUGUUUUUGUUUUUUUUUUUCUAAUUGAAAGUAAGGAAUCGCAAUCUACAGCUAUGUUUUAUGCUAUAAAAUAUGGCCGUCAUCAUAUAAGGCCAAUGAUUCACUCAGGGUCAUCUAUUGAAUUAAUUAUAUCCUCCAACUCAAGGGUCUGGUAAGGGAUCAGUAUGGUCUUUAUAACUCAAAAGUAUCAACUCAAAAUCAUUGUUAAAAGAUGUUAAGAAGGGAAUUGUGCAUUUAUUUAGUGCAUGUUUAAGAGUUAGGCUGUUAAUGUGAAAUUCACCCCAAAAACAAAUCGAUAAAAUGCUUUUCCAAAGAGUUCAAACCGUUACACUGAGAUUUGUGACCAUGAGGAUCCCAACUAUACAUCACACAUUUUGUCAGAUGUAGUUAAGGUGGCAUUUUACUUUGAUUAAAUUGUUUUUUUCAGUAACUGUUCAUGGUCAAAAAAAAAAGGAACAAAAUUGUCACUGUGAUUUGGGCGUAUAGGUUAAGGGGCAUUAGGUAAGUUGUCACUUACAGGGCUUUUUUUGUUGUUGAAAUGACCUGUAAUGAAGAGAAGUCCCAUUUUUACAUAGACUAAAUAAGCUAACUUGAGAGACACAGCAGAUGUCGCAAUACAAGAUACUUCUUUAUCAUUCACUUUCUUGGCUUGAGAAGUAAAUGUGUUGCUACUGUAGCUGCUUGUGGCACCAUGUACUCUUGUGUUGCGACCUUGGUAACCCACUUAUCCACUGGUAUGGUCAUUGUGUGCUGUGAGGUUAAGUAAUUAUAACAUUUUCAGGAAGUCCACUUAACCUGAAUUAUAAGGAUCAAACUUUUUAAUAUUGCAUACACAUUUAACCACAUGUUCAUUCAAAAUAUUGUUUCAAAGUAAGAUUUCUGCAGCUUCUGCAAACGUGGAAUUUUAGUAGUGUAAAGAACUAAACAUUUGCUCUCUAAAUGUACAGGUUUAUAUAUAAAUAUAUAUUUAAUCUGUCAAACAUUUUUUUCUGAACUUUGGGUUUAGUUUGAGACCUCAUGUUCAUAAAUCUAAAGUUAACUGCCAAAAAAAAAAAGGAAAAAAAAUCAAAGGUGUUUCAAAUAUGAAUUCUGUUUUGCAGCGAUAAUAUUUUUUAAACAUUGGUGUCCUCCAACGAUGUCCUGUUUCCUGUUAGGAAAAACAUCCUCGAGACAAUGGCAUCUCUUUUUCAGUUUUUUCCCACUGACUUCUGAGUUUUCCUUAACUGGUUUAUUUUGUAUGUUUGAGGGAACAUCUUUUUUUAAGAUCUUAUUUGAGGGGAAGUAUUUGUUGUGUUUGAGGUUUGGGGACUGGAUUGGUUUGAAGGCAGUGGUGAAGGACUUUCUGUUCAUAUCCAGAGGAUUUUGCUUUGAUGUAAAUAAUCCAAAUUCAAUAUUAAUAUUUAACUCUCAAAAAACUGCACGUUUUGUACACUGUAUAGAAAACACAACUUCAAAUGGAAGUUGUUUAUACUGGAUCUUUAAAAAUGAGAAAAUCUUGACAAUGUUAACUUCUGUUUUGCAUUGUUUGUACAGGACUCUAGAGAUUUCCGAGUUAAGGUUGAAACAGCUGAUGCUGAACACGGUGUCUUUCACUGAUAACAUGCCUGGAACAUGUUUUGAUAACCAAUAACAAAGCUAUACUUGGCUGGCUAUGAAGUUGACUGUUACAUUUAAAAACAAAUGUAUUUUUUUCCUGCAGUGUGAUAGAUUCUUCUAAGCAUUUUGAAUUGUGUAGAUUUCGUACACAGCAUUACAAGCACUACAGUGGAAAACACUGUGCACAUUGCUUAAAGCCUGUAAUGUUGUUAAUGUAAAUACUGCAUUUUAGAACACUUUUGUUUUUAUAUAUAGAAAGUUGUUUUCAGGUUUGAUGUGUGGUUUUUGAUAGGUUGGAUAUUUCAUUCACAAAUAAUCAUUUAGUGUUGCCUUUUUCCCAAUGACCAAAAUCCAAUGUCUUAUGUGUAUUGUACACAUUAAUCUUAGUGUCAGGGACGAGUAAACUUUUCUUAAUGCUGGCACACUUUGUACAUAUAGACUUGUUAACGACACACAAACCUCCAUUUACUCACAUGUACACGUAUACACUUGAUUAAAACAAUUUUUAUAUUGUUGGGGAAACAAAUAUGGAUGCAUGUUUUUGAUAUAGACACACACACAUAUAUAUAUAUAAAUAUAUACACACACAAACACACAAGGGCUUUUAAAGUGCAAAAUUUGAGAUCCGCAAAGAGGACCAGUCUACUGGUCAGAGUAGACUGGAUUUCCUGCCAGAGCUAGGCUAUGUUUACAUUUGCUAUAGUAUUCUAAAGCCUUCCAAUUAUGUACUGUCUUGCACUCCCCUCACACACGUUAACAUAUGUCUGACUUGUGUGACUGCACCAGGGGCAACUCGUUCUCCCCACUCCACAUGACCUGAUACUCACACAGACAUUAUAAGAUACUCCAUUCAUUUCUGACUGCCUGUGCUUGAGCAUUGCAGACAAUCUUGCUUUCCGCCCUCUCUGAUGGCAGAAUUGCUCAGUUUUAACAGCCGGAAAAAUUACCCGUGUUGGUUCAGAGCUAAGGUUUAUCUGGGUCGUCUUUUGACUUUUUUCUGCUAUGAGAUUUACAGUGUUUUGUGUUUGAUUUGCUUGGUUCAGUUGUAACCUCAUUUAAUAUACUCUGGCCUGAGGUGUUUAACCCCUCCUCUUUAGCAGCUGCGUUACCUUUAAUUCCCUUCACAAACAGGUUGUCUGGAUGAGCAUUUGGCAUUGAUAAUCAUUUCAUGUGAUGGACAAACUUAUCAAAUCUGUAGCCUAAUACUUUUAAGUGCCCAGUUUGUUUUGCAUUCAAGUUACAAGCCACAGACCACUGUAAUGCAUGAUUGAAGAUGAUCACACUUGUAAUCAGAGGGAAUGAAUGUGUCAUUUUUCCUCAAUCUAACAGUUACAUCAAUGAAUAAGGUUCUCAUAUCACUACAUAGAUCACUUCUAUAUGAUCUUAUGCAACGUUAAAAAUGUACAAUUUAAGUAUGAGGUUAAGGGGACAGAUCUAUAUGGUCUUGCAUAAGGUAAACACAAUAAAAAUGUUGUUAUUCAUA